AUGACCGCAAUAACAACAAAUCUAUCUGAUGAUAGAGUGAAAACGUACAAAGCAAUUCUCAAGAACGGGCGGAUACCAUGCAGGCUAUCCUGACAAUUACAAAAAUUUAGAAUUAAGACGAAGUUUAAAAAUCCUUCUGUUGAACAGUAUCGUGAAAAGUCUCCAGUAUCUUCUUCCUUAUCUCGUCCCUAAAGACCAAAAUAUGUGAAAUCAAAUAUGACGCUUGGUAAUGGAUUUUCGUAAGUCUUGAAGUUGUGGUUGAUAGUGUACUUUGUGCUAAAGAGAUAUUUUGAUUAUCUGGCAAGGCACUCUACAAAUAUGAGAAGAACUAUUUGACACGUCUUGAAUUUACUUUUCUGUGAAUGCCAGAGGGCUACUCUUUAUGGAAGGGGGAAAAAUUCUCGUUCACAUCCUGCGAAUAGGAUCACUGAAGUGAACAGAACAUAUCUCAAUGACCUACCAGCAGGUCUAAUCCUGUUAGACUCAAGUAGUUAGUUCGUUGAAUGGUUGUUUAUUGAAUCAAAGCCGGAUCAGGUUAGGCUUAAAUUGAGCCUUAAUGUACGGGUUCUCGUGAAUGUUCUAGCGCUCUCAGCAUAUCGCUAUCGUUAUUAUAUCCCGUUCAUCUCUUUCCAAAACAUGAGGCACUGGUGUAAGUUAUUCCACGAAUAUCAAUUAGAUGAGAUUCCAUUUUUUUUUUGUCUUGUUUAAAGUAUGCUGACCUUUUAUUUCUUUUUUGUUUACCAUGACACUUAGCAACCUUAGAUAACAAAGGGCUGAACGAUAUUCUACGAAAAUAAUCGCCCAUUUUUUUCAAAGGUGGUCAAGAGAUUAUGGAAUAAACAACAAUCUUAAAAAAAAAAGACUGGAGAAUGAUUAUGUUAGAACUUCCGAACUCAUCAUCGCUGGUAACUUAUUCCCACAUUGAAAUACCGUUAUGUUCAUACAACCCAGUCUUUCUGUAUUUAGUGCCAGACUCCUUAAAGACUUAUCCCUCGCUCGCUUCACUCGUCUGCUCGAAUCUCGCGCGCUUCUGCGCAGCACCAAUGCUCACAGGCUAACAAUAGCCAAUCAUGACAGAACUUUCAUCCUUAUUAUUUUUCACGACAAUAUUACGGCUCCAUUAAAAACGUAAUGCAAUUAUAAUGAGUUAAGAGAUAUCAGGCUCCCUAACUUUUUUCCCAUAGGUGCUUUAAAAUCGCCAAUCACGGUCAGAGUUAUUAUUUCACUAACUUAUUAGUGCACGUUAGAGUACUUUUGAGAGGGAAUUGUUUACCAUGUUGAGUAUUCUACUUCCAGUGGGCUGAGCUGGGUCCUUACUCGACAAACAAUGAUAUAGACCAACGUCAAUGUACAAUUUUUAGAAUAAGAUGCGUUUUCAUAGAUUUAGAGCUAACGACUUUAUCUUUCGGACAUUGCUUCUCUGUUAAUAGUAAUCCUAACGACAGGAUGCUUUAUUUGCCAAACGUUCCCUUAAGAUUCAUAAAAUUGAGGUAUCAUUUCCUUCUACAAUUGUCGUUUUCUGAAUCAAGCCUUUGUCAGCCUCGAAAUUUAAAAAAAUUUGAGUACCAUUCUACCACUCUGAGAUUAGAAAUAAACACGGCGUGGUUCCACCCUGUUGUUGCGUGUUUGAGUCGUCCAGAGUUAUGACAGUUUCUGUUGUGUUGUGUGACAAUCCCUUUAAGCCCCCUGGCGUCCUACAGAGCUCACAGUAUAAGGUACGUGAAGUGACUCAAUUUACUCUUGCCACCUUUUCGUAUCUCUAUUCAAAAUGCUGAGAUGAAAAAUCACAAUUUUCGUGGUACAGCAUUAGUCGAGGUACUUUCAAAUACGAGUUUAGCGCAAUGAACAGAUGUCUCUCAGCUUUAUUUGCUCCUAAGACCUCGUUAUAAGUUCUGUAAACAUUUGCGCGUAGAUUAAGGAACUGUUUGCUUUUCAGGUGAGGAAAAUUUUCGAGUGACCUUAUCGUCCAAGGCGUGGUUGUCUCUUUAGCUCUGUUAACGCCCAGGAGAAGUCAGUUUUUUGUGGCAAAUCAAGUGCGUGAGAUAUUUAUCACAACUCGGCUGAUUAAGCGAAAACGGUGGGCCUUAAAUUGUCAAACUCCUCGCGAUUGCGGCUGCACCUCAUAUACCUGAUCUGUAGCAAGAGGUAGUUCAUUAGGCGGUUGAUCGAUAUUUUAAGAGUUCGUGUGGAAUCCUUCCAAGGCUGGUUGUUUCCAUGAAUUUUUAAACACUGAGUUGAUAUAACAACUUCUUGUGCUGAUUAUGUCGUUAGUAAAGGUAUCAUCACAGUCAGCGGACAAGAAGCGUAAUCGUGGAGGUAAGUCAGAGAGAUAUAUUAACUGCUUUCUUAACUUUGGUUGUGUCCGUGUUAACAAUGUAAUUUGUCUAAGAAAACACCAGGAAAGGAAUUUGAGAGAAAUGUCAAAAUUUAAAGUUCUUUAAGUUUCGUGUUUAUUCACCCUCUCAUAACAUAAUGUCUCGAUUCAAAUAUACCAUGGCAUUGUAUUUUCUUCGUCAUUGGGCAGACCAAACUCAGAUAGGUUUGAAUAAAAAUGGAUUUGAUUCGAGCGAAACAAAUAGGAAUUGUCACUGAGUUAAUAUUACAACCUGCUCUUAUGCCUUGUCAUUACUUUCAAUUCAUAGAGUAAGGUUUGUGGAACAUCACCCGCAUCGGGCGGGAAAAUGAAUACUUUUCUAUAAACUGUAUCUGCAUUUCUCGGUAAUAUUCCUAUCUCUUGGUUUUCAAUCAAGUUUUUUACUAUAAGUUAUGACAAAUUCUUUUUGUACAAAAAGCAAAAGAAAAUUUCCGCUUGUGGGUAAAAUUUUGCGUCCGUCUAAGUUCCUAGUUCACAAGCGUCUACCAGUGGCGAAGGGCAAAAGACUCUCAAAGUUCAGAGCAUUAUUGCAGCGUUAUCACCAUCUUUAAAAUCAUUGUUGAUAAAUUGAACGGUGAGAGAAAUCCCGCCCUAAACCUCAUUUCCCUAACCCACCAAAUUAAAAGAAUAUAUGAUGUAAGGUGUUUGUUAUCAGGCGGUUGACAAUAAGAUAAACUCCACCCACGUUAACCCGCUAUUUACAAACAAGUGGUAAGGGGAGCAAUUUGUCACAAAAUUUGCGGCUUCUUAAGAAUUCCCACACGAGUAAAGUAAAGUACAGCAAGGAACUCGUCUUAACUGAGAUAGAAAGGUAUUUAUAUUUCCACAGCAAGGUAACGAGGAUACAAAUCCAACAGGUAUUCUUAUUGCCUCAUUAUGUCAAUAAUUUUAGUACCGCCUGCUGCAAGUUCGUUUUCGCUCGUAAUCACUCUUCUAAACAAACUACAGUUUAAUACAUUUUGCAGCCGUUUCUUUGUUUCUUUCAUAUUAAUCCUACAUAAUUUUUAAUAUCAAUUACAGCGUUGUUUACACCUUAGUUUUAUACUGAAGUUCUACUCACUGAGUCUGCCCUUGAUAGACACACGUGAUUAGUUGUAACACCUGUUACACGCUUGCACGAUUUCACAAGCGACGCGUGAUAGCGGGACAGCUGUUGAACACCUUCCUCACCGGGGACUUUUAUUUCUUACAAAUGACCAAAACCAGCAUUAUUGGUUUCUCUUUGUUGGUAUUUAUUUAGUUUAGAAAUGGAUCGCCUAUCCAUCAGUAGCUUGUAAACUUGUAUAUUCUCUUUUUCCAAUUCAGUUUCCGUCUUUUAGUGUUUAGAAACAUUUUCCUUUACCAUUUUUUUUAUAACUAUAAGCCAACUAAGUUAUGAUUUCUUCCCUUAAACAGUUUACCUCGUCCUGGACGCAUUUAUUCGCGAAAAUAUGCUCCGGAGGUUGUUCAGCUUUCGCAAAUCAAAACAGGAAGACGAUGACAACGCCGAAUCUCAGAAAGAAAAUGUUGACCCAAACUCUCAGCUUCAGGUCAGUUUACAUAUUUACAUAUUGUAAACUACGCAAUCCUGGAAGACACUUAUGUUCAUCUCUUGCUUCAGGAACUUGAAGCCGCUCAACCAGUCAUGAAAGCAAACCAGCCGAUGUCGUGUAUUUUGAAAUCUACGUCAGACGUAAAAGCGAUUAGAGAAUCAUAUGAGGGCAAUUACAUUGAACCAAAUGUCCCUGACUCAGUCGGUAAACUUGACGACAGAGCCGAGGAGAGAACUUUGGAAAAGAAGCAUGAAAUAUCCGAAUUGUGUUUAGUGUUGGAAUCUUCGACGCUUUCUGAUACAGAGAGGUAUGGCCACGUCAGUUCUUUUACACAUGAUAGGUAUGAUAGGUGCUGUGUUAAGCUUUCACCAAGCAACAUGAUUGGUUCAAAUGCAAAAGGAAAAGCGAGAUCAAAAGCAAAUGAACAGGUGUAUUUCAGCGGUCUGUAGUUUUCCACUCUUUCUUGUUUUAUUUGAUACUAUUCUAAUUGAAUUUCAAAGAAAAUAGCUGAAAGACUCUACAGCAAAAGCCUGUUCAUUUUAAAACUAACCUGCUCUGCUCGUGGUAAGUAUGCUUAUGUUUCAUUUUAUUUCAUGUGUCGUAGCGAGACGAAAGACAGUGAGAGUAUCAAGGAUGAACUCUCUGUUUUAGACGAAUCUGAACGGUGUGACAGUUCAACAUCUACAGAGGACAAAGAAGAGAGCGGCAUCGAGCAAGACUUCGAACCAGCCAUUGCGAACCAGACUUUAAGAACAAAUACUGAGCAGUCAACUACAGAACUAAAACCAAAUUCCGUCAGUCUGGAUAAGAUUGCCAAUAGUUACCGGAUGACUUUAAAUCCCAUAAACCUUAAGUCGCAUCUGACACGAAACGAUCGAAUCAAAACAUCAUUGACUCGAAAUUCUCAACGAGUGCCAGACGAGAUGAAGCAAAAGAAGAACAGCUGUAACAGUUACCCUGAGAAAUUUCCUUCUAUUGUACCCUCCAAAGGGUUUCAAAGACAAUUUUUUCCUCAAAGAGUUCAGCAUUCCAGGGCACUCUCCGUUAAACCAGCUCCACGACAGGCCCGUCGAAAUAAGGUCCCGGAAUUGUUUGGGGACAUAAUCAUAAAGGAUCAACGCAGCGCCACGUCUAAGUAUCAGUCUCCUAUAAGGAAAGGUAUUUUAAAAUAUCCCGGUAACUCUAAAUCUUCGGCUGCAGGAGUAAGGUGCGCCGCAGCGAUACCGAAGAAAAACAAAGCUAUGUCACAGAAAGGUAUGUCUUAAAUUCCUUGUGAAAAGCUUUAAUAAAGCUUUCAUGUUAGAUAAGAACUCUAAUUAGGAGGGUGAUUUAUUGAUUUUUGAGGUGGGAGAUACAUCUGUGACUUCUUUAGCCAAAGACAAUAUACAAAAUACACUCUGAUUGCAAAAUGGCGAACCAAGAAGUAAGGAUGCAGUGAAUAAAGUAGUUUCGUCAAACCUCCUUCCUCACUUAGCCAUGCUCUGAGGAACAUUACCAUAAUAAGAAGAUAAUUCAGCUAUGUAAACAAAAGGUUCGUCUUUACAAGACUUUAUCUUACUCUUUAAGUCAAUGGCUGAUCCAUUGAAACAAUUAAAUGACUUUUCUUACGAACUGGUAUAAUGAAAACCUGUAUAAGUAUAAUUAAUAGGAUUGUAUACCGAUUUAAGGGCUGUCGAUUGUUAGUUCGUUCUCAAAAAUUGCUAACGUUGUAAAGUACUUGUCUCCUAUCUCGUGCCUCCUUUGACUAAUUUGUUACUGUGAUCUUCAUCCCUCUGACCACCCUGCAAGUUUCUUUUACAGUUAUUCAAGCUUGAUGGAGUCCGUUUGUUUGUAAUCUUAAAAUGUUCGUGCAGUAAACCAUGGUGGUAAUGUAUGUGUUCACGUGUUUACUUUUGUCCUGUUGAAUGCGUCCAAUUGUCUGCACGUACUCUGUACUUUGUUGUCCUAGUUACCGAUGAAGAUGAGAAAUACACUUUCUCAGACAUUGUAGUCGUUUUAAUUUCUUUAAAAAAUUUUUGACAAUAAAUAUGUUUCAUCUUGCCAUUAUAUCAGAUAAAAAGAUGUCACUGUCGUCAGAUAGUGGGCUCAGUGACAACGAAGGUUCCAGCGGUGAUGAACAAAAGCGCAUACCUGUCAAGAAAAUCUUCAGUAACCAACAGGCUCUGCGGAAGAGAAUAGAUGAUUUAAAUGGGAUGUUGAAGACAAUGGAGCAACAGAGGUCUGAACUGCAGUCCGUAUUGCAGAUAGUCAAUGACUGGACCGAGGAUUUACGCGCGGUUAACAGAACCAAUUUAGGUGUCCCAUACAUACGGGCUAUCAAGCAGUUGCUGGGUGAGUUUUCUACUUUCUUCCUCCCUUCCCUCCCUUUCCUCCCUACAUCUACCCUUCUCCACUGUUAACAGAGGCCUCCAUUAGUGAAGCAAUUUGUUGUGAAACUGAUGAAAAUUUCUCUAGUAUGAAGUUCUGUGAGAACAAAUGGGAAACAACAACCAAAAUGUGUAAGAAAUUGGAAAGAAUUACAUGUUACACAGAUCCUUGAGUUUCCCAUUGGCUGUCGUUUUGGCUUGCGUGACGUCAUAUGGUUGGCUCUGUUAUCACCAAGAAACAGCUCUUUUCUUCGCCAAAGUCCCAGGGGAUCGUACAGAUAUCUGUAGCCUCCGUAUAGCGUCACAAUCGCCGCCAGUGGCGGCCCUCACUAAAUUCCAGUUUCAAAAUGGCAUAUAUGUGUGACGAUUCUUUCCUAUAACAUGUAUUUCAUUUCCUUUUAUGCAAACAAAAUUUGAUUUUAAAGUUUAUUUUUGAUGAAUCAAUUUUAAUUUCCCCCAGCAGUGAAGCUUUCUUGUAAUUAAGUGGCGGUAUCCAUCAAUCGGGUGUACUGAAUUUCUAUGCUAUUGUCUUUCAACAGCCAAACAGCGCAUUGCCUUGAGCAGUAGGAAAAGUGACUUUAAUAAACGAAUUGACAAGCUGAAGGACGCUGAAGUUCCCUUCACAGAAGAGCUGGGUACUUUGAUUCAGCAGCUACGUCAAGAAGUCACGUGUGUUGUUAGAGAUCAGCGAAAAUAUAGCGCAAGAAGCAUUGAGAAUAUUCGUCAGCUCCAGGGAAGAAUUAUUGGAACCUGUUCGGCAAUUCUAGCUGUCUAUUAUGAAGAAUGACCGGUAAAACUAUUUUCUGUAACAAAAUGUGGUACGCACGGAUCCCCUAUAACACGAACAUUUUGUAGAUUUUUUUACCAGUACAGCGAGAUAUAUAGCAAUGAUUGAGCCUAUCUGGCCGGAUUUUUUAGACAUUUCCAUUUCUUAUUUUGCGCAGUAGUUUAUAGUAACUGAUCAGUUUUCAAGGCAAUUUUUUAGUCCACCCACAUGUCCGUAAUUUCUUCAACAAUUUUUCAGU